AUGGCUGACCAGAGCAAAGCAGAAGGCAGGUUUGGAGGCAAGUCUGAGAACAAGGCGGGUGGCAGCAGCGGCGGUGGUGGGAGCGGCAGCGGUGGAGGCGGUGGCGGCGGUGGCGGCGGCUAUGGCGGUGGCGGUGAGCGGGCGGGCACCAGCAGCAACGGCAGUGAGAGCAGUGGCCCCCAAAGACUGAGGAAAGGCCGGGGUUUCUUCCGCUGGAAGCAGUACACCGAGGCCAAGAGGGGCUCCCCUGGCCGAGGCUUCAGCCGGGCCUCCCGAUUUGUCCGAGAAGACUGCGAUGAUGCCAGUGAAGGCCAGGAGGCUUCCGGAAUCAGGUACUCCCCACAUACUUCCCGAUUCAAGAGAGAAAAGUGGUGGGAGCGGGGUGGAAGCCGAAUCCACGUUACCGUGAGGAGGCAAGACGGAGACAGGCCUUCCCAAGAUAGGGGGGUGACCAUUUCCAACCAGAACCCACCCUCCAAACAGUGGUUCAAGAUCACGAUUCCCAACGGCAAAAAGUACGAUAAAACAUGGCUGUUAAGUACAAUUCAGGGCAAAUGCAGCGUUCCCUUCAACCCUAUUGAAUUUCACUAUGAAAACAACAAGGCCCAUUUCUUUGUGGAGGAUGCCCACACUGCUUCUGCACUUAAAGAUCUUAACUACAAUAUCAAAGACUAUGAUAACCGCAGAAUCUCAAUUAUAAUCAAUUCUUCAGGCCCACCUUUUUCAAUACAAAAUGAACUGAAACCUGAACAGGUGGAACAGUUGAAGUUUAUCAUGAGCAAGAGAUAUGAUAGUUCCCAGAAAUCUCUUAACUUAAAGGGCCUUCGCUCAGAUCCAAACCUCAUGGCCCAGAAUAUUGAUAUCGUUUUGAAUCGCAAAAAUUACAUGUCUGCAGCGAUUCAGAUCAUUGGCGAAAACAUCCCUGAGCUCCUAGCAUUGAAUCUGAGUAAUAACAGAAUUUACAAACUAGAUGACUUUUCAGAAAUAGUGCCAAAGGCACCUAAUCUCAAAAUCCUCAACCUCUCUGGCAAUGAGCUAAAGUCAGAAGGGGAGCUGGAUAAAGUGAAGGAAUUAAAGUUGGAUGAGCUGUGGCUAAAGGGAAAUCCCCUGUGUAAGGUCUUCCAAGAUCAGUCCUCCUAUCUUAGUGCCAUCCGGGAAAGGUUCCCAAAGUUGCUGCGUCUGGAUGGCUGUGAGCUGCCUCCUCCAAUUGCCUUUGAUGUUGAAAGUCUCACAACACUACCUGACUGCAAGGGCAGCUACUUUGGAUCAGAGACCAUGAAGGGCAUGGUCAUGUAUUUCCUACAACAGUAUUAUUCUGUGUAUGACACCGGAAACAGGCAAGGCCUGCUUGAGGCCUACCAUGAGGGAGCCUGCUGUUCUCUAAGCCUCCCUGUCAGCCUUCAAAAUCCAUCUAGCUAUAAUUUGAGUGAAUAUGUAAAAGAUAACAGAAAUGUGAAAAAACUCAAAGAUCCCACCCUUAGAUUCCGCCUGCUAAAACACUCCCGCCUCACCGUUGUUGCUUUCCUCAAUGAACUGCCAAAGACACAGCAUGAUGUGAAUUCCUUUGUGGUAGAUGUCUGUGCCCAGACCCAGACAUUGCUAUGUUUUUCUGUGCAUGGGGUCUUCAAGGAAGUAGAUGAAAAAUCUCAUGAUACUAUCAGAGCAUUCACCAGAGUAUUCAUUGCCGUCCCAUCAAAUAAUGCUACCAGGAUGUGCAUGGUGAAUGAUGAGCUGUUUGUAAGGAAUGCCAAUGCAGAAGAGAUCCAAAAGGCUUUUGCCACACCACCUCCACCUCUACUUCCACGUCCACCUCUACCUGCAUCCUCCUCCAGCUCCAUGGCCACCGUUUCCCAAGAAAAACAGAACAUGCUACAAUCUUUUUCUAUUCAAUCUGGAAUGAAUCUGGAAUGGUCUCAGAAAUGUCUACAGGACAAUAACUGGGACUUUGCUCGAGCAGCUCAAGUCUUUACACAGCUCCAGGUAGAAGGCAAGAUUCCUGCAGUGGCAUUUCUGAAGUGA